AUGAAGAGGCUCCGUAGAUUCACGAGCGCAUGCGCGAUUUUGCUACUCUGUUGCUUCCCGUCAUGGACUCGUGGAAAAUUCGUUCCUGAGGAUUUCGAGGAGAAGUUAGUCGCUCUCUCGAAGGUGAUGGAUUACAUUAAUCGCAGACCUAAUCAGAUGAACGCCGAUGUAACGUUCUCCGCAACCAUCGUCGAAGCUAACCUAGUGGCUGCUCUCUCGCACGAAAAUGCGCGACAUCUUGAAGACAAGUAUCUGCAAAUGUUGGUGGCAAUUUUAACAAUUUGCGAUUCUACUCGAAGGCAAUUGUUGAACAAUGUUGCUCCAGGAAACGAGGACGUUCGAUUGUUGCAGGAAACGUUAAGUCGUCCCUCUUUGUGGAUAAGAAAGAUAAAAUGGCGGAGGGGAGUCUUGGGAGAGUGGAAAAGUAAUUCGAAGUUAACUCAUCGAGAUGUACGAAAUAUGGUAAUGCAGGGAAUUCCUAAGGAAAAGGAAAGCGACGAAUGCCUCGCUGAAAUCGUUCGAAAUCGACUGAAUAGGAAUUGUGCAAUUCCUGAUUAUUGUUACGGAAUACUGGCGAACUUGGAAUCUACCAGGGGCUACCCUCUGACCCAUCGAUUGCUGAUGGUUCAAGUUGCCAAGGCAAUGAAGUGCGACCAAGACCUACCGUCGUCCAAAUUAACACUCUCCUACUGCUCCGCGAUUCUCGAAGACCUGCACGACAUCGAGGCAGCUGGGUUUCCCUACCAAACGCCAGACUUAAUGAUGGAACAAGUGGUUCUAUGCGGAAUGGAAGGUUUCCUCGAGUUCACCGGCGACCACUACGAACGUUUAGUCUUAAACAGAUCUCACCCAAGCGGCUGUUUCAGUUCUUUCAAAAAUAAACCUGCCAAGGAUGAAGCUCGUGUGUCACGGAGAGCCUCGAAGCAAACAGAUUUCGGUUGCGACAGCCAUGCCACUGGUCUCGCCGCUGCCUCGCUCUCUUUAUUUAUUCGCGAGAAUUUGGAGAACACGACGGAAUAA